AUGGAUCUGUGCGACCUUGUAGAACGUCGAUGCCCGCCUAGGAAGAUUCCUCAAUAUCUCUCCACACCUAUCUCACUCAGCGUGGAAGAAAUAGGACCACUAAUAAAUGAAAUACCUAACUCUUACUCAAAACGGCUUGUUAAAAUCUUGGUGCAGCUCUGGGAAAAUGGUAAACUGGAAGAUGAAAACGAAGAACAAACGCUAGCAGAUUGGCUCUACAACAAGACCAUCGAGCUGCUGCCUUAUGACGAUAAACAGCCUCAACAAGACAUUAUUACAUAUGCUAUCAAGCCGGGUAUACGCCCAAAGAUACCGGAAACCCCUCGGUUAAUUUCACACGGUACAACCGGCCAUAGAACAUGGGAAGCAUCACUAUAUCUCUGCCAGUAUCUCUUCAGACAAGACUGGCUACCGCAAGUGAAUGAAGUACUUGAGAUAGGUGCCGGUACUGGUCUAGUGUCAACUGCUCUUGCCCUAGCAGGUCACCAAGUUACGUCCACUGAUGGUGAUCCUAUGGUUGUCGAACAGUUACGCAAGACUUUCAACUUAAACGAGGUAAAUAUCGAGGCGCAAGUUUUGGAAUGGGGUCUGCAAAAACCACCGAAGUCUGAUCUCGUCGUAGCAGCUGAUGUUACUUACGAUACGGCUGUUAUACCAUCUCUUGGUAAUUGUCUCCGAGAAUGCAAAACUACUGCUUUAGUGGCGUGUACAAUUAGAAAUUCAGAGACAAUAACAUUUUUCCAAGAAUAUUGCUACUCGAUCGGGCUUAAAGCCACCGAAGUUGCCUCCACUGAUGACAAUGAUAAAGAAUUAUCUUGCAUGGAAAACCUUACUUUCGAGCCCCUCGUAUGUCCUAUAAGAAUAUAUCGCGUGAGUACACAGGAUGAUAUAAAAUAA